AUGACUUCACCAGGUGGCGCAGGGGUUCUUAAUCUAGGCGGAAACUGGGUUAUGGACAAGGCCAAAUCAACUGGCCUGGAUGCAGUUCUCACAUUGCAAGGAAUAGGCUGGUUAACAAGAAAGGCCGUCACCGCAUCGACGGUCAAUCUGAAGAUCACACAGGGAUCGCAUGCGGAUACGGAUGGUGUGGAGUCAACUGAAUGGAUCACGCUCGAGCAAGUUUUAACCGGGGGCUUACGAGGGGCACCUGAGGUGCGUUCGUUGAGUUGGGCUGAUUUCAAACACGACGACACUCUCUUCGGCCCUGUCAUCGUUCGGAGCCACUAUGUCCCAGGUGCAAAGAAACCAGACGGGAGAAUUUAUCCAGUUCUCGAAGUCCAGACCCAAGUUGACCGAUUCAACAUCGAGUCCUGGCUGACUGCGGCGGUCAUCACCGACCAGAAAACCGAUAAUUUGGAGAAGGCUUUCAUGCACGACUACAUCUGCAGUGUCAGCACUGGAUGGACGGCUGAGCAGGUCUGGGCACUGGAAACCACUGAGGAGGGAACUCUUUUGACUCGCAAGGUUGCAGUCGUGAAAGGGUUUUCUACUGAAACUGCCCAUGUCUUCUACAAACGUCAAUAA